AGCUCUGCGCUCCCACGGACACGGCCAAGAGACGCAGCGGAGAACCCCGAAAACACACGGAACAAAACUGCUCCUUUGGUCCUCCGGUUUUCUCUGACUUUUAUUUAAUCUGACAGAAAAGACGAAGGACAAGAGGAGAGAGGGACGGAAACGAGGAGAGGAAGCGAGGAGAGGAGCGCGUGUCCAUGUCCCGCGCUGAACCGGAUUAUUUCUGAUCGGGACCAGCAAUAUAGGGCGUGAUGGAGUUCAGUCUCCUGGACUCUGAGGCUCGAAGCCCAACUCUGUCUCUGUCUGACUCUGGGACCCCCCAGAACGAGCCCAAGGAGCACAGCGACACAGAUAAGUCCGGUCUCGGGGCUCUCGAGGACUCAGCGGAGGACGGGUCUCUGAAGAAGAAGCAGAGGAGACAGAGGACCCACUUCACGUCACAACAACUUCAAGAGCUCGAGUCGACUUUUCAGCGGAACCGCUACCCCGACAUGUCCACCAGGGAGGAGAUCGCAGUGUGGACCAACCUGACCGAGGCCAGAGUCCGGGUUUGGUUCAAAAACCGCCGAGCUAAGUGGAGGAAACGAGAGCGCCACCAGCAGGCGGAGCUGUGCAAGAGCGGCUUUGGCUCUCAGUUUAACGGACUGGUCCAAUACGACGACAUGUACGCGGCCGGGUAUUCCUACAACAACUGGGCCACCAAGUCCCUGAGUGCCCCCCUCACGUCCAAAAGCUUCCCCUUCUUCAACAGCAUGGCUCCUCUGACCACGCCUCUAACCACGCCCCUUUCCACUGCCCUGACCACGCCCCUAACCACGCCCCUGCAGUCUCCGCCCAUGUUCCCCAGCUCUGCCCCCCUCCCCUCAGUCAACCCCGGUAUGGUGCCCCCUUCUGUGCAGAACCUGAACAGCCUGCCCCCGCCCGCCGCACUAAACUCGGCGGCGUGCCCGUAUGCUAGCUCCGCCGCGCCGUAUAUGUACCGCGAGUCCUGCAGCUCCAGCCUAGCGUCGCUGCGGCUCAAAGCUAAGCAGCACAACUUCACCACGUAUCCACAGGUUCAAACCCCCAAUGCCAACCUCAGCCCCUGUCAGUACGCUGUGGAUAGGCCGGUAUGAGCGCCCUAUAACCACAUAUCCACAGGUUCAAACCCUCUGUGGACAGGCCAGUACGAAUGCCCUAUUACCAUGUAUCCACAGGUUCAAACCUCCAACAGUAGUACACCAUGGACAGGCCAGUAUGAAUGCCCUAUGACCACAUAUCCACAGGUUCAAUCCCCAACGCCAACCCUAGUACACUGUGGAGAGGCCAGUUUGAGAGCCCUCUAACCACAUAUCCACAGGUUUAAUCCCCAACACCGACCCUAGUACUCUGUGGAGAGGCCAGUAUGAGCACCCUUUAACCACGUAUCCACUGGUUCAAACCCCCAAUCCCAGUGCGCUAUAGCGAGGCCAGUAAGACACAGCUAUCACACUUUGGAGUGAUUCUUUUCACAACAUAAACUUUACAUGUCUAAAUCCCCAAAGUGCUUAAAGUUAGCUUUGUAAGAUUAAUCCUAGCCCUGGCCUGAGCCUGCUCUAGCCACAUUGCUCUCAUUGGUCAGAACUGAUCACAUGCAUGUUUCUGUCAUCACACGGUGGGAGGAGCUAGCCCAUAAUGAGGGAGUAAUGUAGAAGAAAAAGAAAGAAAAACCAACAUGACACCACCUUUGGUUCUUCUUCAGAUAUUAUUAUUCUCGGUUCAAACGCCCAAUGAGCGCCCUCUCACCACAUAUCCACCAGUUACAAACCCCCAGGACCCCUAAAACCCAAUGAAGGAAAUUUUACUAAAAAUCACCAAAAUGGCCAGUGAAGCUCAGCCCCGUGUAAAAGUCUCCAAACCCGACAACCACACGCGCCCUGUGGCAGACUGAUGAAGACAUGGCUGCCAAUCUGUGCCAAUGGUCUGAUCCCCACCACCAUACAGCAGUGCCAAAUGUGAGGCUCAAGGACACAAAGGCAAAGGUGAAGGGACUGAACCACUAUCUUCCAACUGGCACUAUCUCCCGAUGUACUGCAGCCAAAAUCAUGUCGGAAGAAACA